UAUUGUUGUUUCUUUCAAUUAAGUGAUACAUAUUAAAAAAUCGCUUAAAAUAUUUGAUUAAUUAAUUUGUUAUUUUUAUACCGUUCAAAUUAAUGGUAAAACGAGAUAAUUAAUUUUUUGCAAUACUUUUGACGAAUACGUCACAGCGCCAUGUUGUAUUCCUGCGCUGAUUGCAGGCACGAGAAAUCUGCCAAUCCGUUUAUUUUUUGGGAUUAGUGCCCGAGAAUAAAUCGAACUGCGAUUUUGUACUCAAAUAUAUUUUAAUUUAUAUUUGUUGGCAAAUGUUAAACAACUUUAGUGAAUUCGAUGCAUCCCUGUUGUCGCAUUUCGAGUGCUAACUCCUAAUUUCAACUGCAGUUUUGUGCAUCCGCGAAAGUUGAAAGGACUGUGUUGUAAAAGAAAGAAGUGAUAAUUAGCCAAAAUUCCGGUCCCUACGCGCAGACGAGAAGGUGCCUACCCGCCGGGGCAGUCAGGCGAAGGAGAUAUGAACAACAAACGAAAAAAUCGUCAAGGGCCGCCGAGAUCGCCCCGCGGCCGAGUGGUAGCAGAAGGUGUAUACAAUAACGCGCAUUUCAUGCACGCUGCGACGUCUCACGUCGGUGACAUCGUCCAAGUUCUCACGCAGUCCGGAAGUCUAUGGGAGGGUGUGUUCAAAACAUUCAGCGCUCAGUUCGAGGUCGUAUUAGAGGUGGCACAUCGAGUCGACCAACAAGGCGUUGUAGCUGUCGACUCCGUGGUUGAGAAGUUAAUCUUCAAACCGCAGGAUGUCGUGUCCAUCAGGGCCAAGGAUUCGGACCUCGAGUACGCGACCCACGACGUGUUUCAGACUGAUAGCGCCAUAUCUAACAAGUUCAAUGGUAACGGUCGGUCAGCAGAGGAACGUCACUUAGAGCCCUGGGACGGCGAAGCCGAGGCUGCUGAAGCGCCAUCGUUGAACGGCGACGCUCGACUCGAAGACCUUGAACUCGAUCACCGCGCCAACGGCUGGGACGCGAACGACAUGUUCCGUAAGAACGAGGAAAUUUACGGAGUACAUAGCACCUACGAUCACUCGCUGGCCGGAUAUACACUUCCGUUGCAGAGGAAGGACACACAGGAUUAUAGGGACGCAGAAGCUAAAGCAGAAGAGAUAGCAGCCGAAAUAGAAAGCGCACCGUCGUACAAAGCGCGGCUAGAACUCGAAAAUGGUGACGAAGAGGAACGGUUCGCAGCCGUCGUGCGGCCCGCGGACACUGGCAAGUACGUCAUACCGAACAAGAGGAAGAAUAUGCAGACGGGAAAACUAGUGAAGCCAUCGAACAACAACGGGGGCGCGUCCCCCAGCGCCGGCGGGAAGCCCCCCGCCUUCUCGCACGCACCGCCCAAGGACAAGGAGCAUCGCCCGCCGCGACACCACCUCACGCCCCCCUCCGACCGGCGGCCCGAGGACCAGCCGUCGGCGAGCCCCGCCCCGGCCGGCGCCAACCCGGCGGGCGGCAAGAGCUACGCGGCGCAGGCCGGCGGGUACCACGCGCCGCCCGCCUUCCCGCACCACGCGCACCCGCACGCGCACCACUCGCCGGCAGCAAGCGGGAAGAUGAACGGCGAGCCCCGGGCGGCGCCGCUGCCUCGUCAGGGCUUCCCACCGCACCACCACCACAACCCUCCCCCGGGCGCCGAGGCGCACGCGCGGCCGCCGCGCCACCACGCGCCGCCGCCCGAGCCGCGCCGCGCGGACGAGGUGCAGGAGCUGCGCAAGUUCGGCCAGGAGUUCAAGCUCGUCAGCUCGCCCGCGCCCGCCGCGCCCGCCGCGCCCGCCGCGCCGCCGCCUCAACAGACUUCAGGCACUGCGAGUCCGCCCGAGGUGUCCGCCAACGUGGGAGCUCCGUCGUCGCCGCCCAAGCGCGAGCGGGUUCAUAAGCCCCCGCACGAACCUACGCCCACGCCCACACCAACCCCCGCCCCUGCACCUGCACCUGCCCCCGCGCCUGUGCCGUCGGCGCUCCCGCACCACAAGCCUCCGACGGGCAGCAAGGACGACCCUCCGGAGACACGCUCGGAGGCGGCGUCCCCGGCCGCCGUCACCCUAAAGAAGUCCACGCUCAACCCCAACGCCAAGGAGUUCAACCCCAGCGCCAAGCCCUUCACACCGCGCAGCCCCACCACGCCCGGGCACAGCAGACCGCACACGCCGGGCACGCCGGUGGGCGUGGGCGGCGUGGGCAUGGGCGUGGGCGCGGGGCUGGGCGGCGUGGGCGUCAUGGGCGCCGGCGUCAGCUACGUGCCCGCGCCGCCGCCGCCGACGCACAUGGUGGCGGCCGUCCCCGCCUACGCGAUGGUGGCGCAGCAGCCGCCCGCCUACCUGCCGCACCCGCACCCCCUGUACGGUGCGGCCAUGGGAGGCGGCGGCGGUGUGGGCGGGGCGGGCCAGCAUUCGCAGAUCCCAACACAGUCGCAGAGAAACUUCAGAAAAGGGUCCGGCGUGCAGGUGGCGGCGGCGACGGGGCAGCCGCUGCUGGCGCCGGCGCCCAUGCAGCCCUUCGUGCCCUACCCGCACCCGCACCCCGCGCACCCGGCGCACCCCGCGCAGCCCGCCCUGCAGUACCAGCACAUGGUGCGCAUGUAUCACCACGGUGGCGGCGGAGUAGGAGUCGGCGGAGGAGUGGGCGUGGGUGGCGUGGGAGUGGGCGUGGGCGAAUACGCGCCGCAGGCGCAGUCCCCCGUGGCGCCGUCGCCGCUGUACCCGCCGCCCUCGCCCGCACACACGCCGCACCCGCACCCGCACCCACACCCGCACCCGCACCACCACUACCAGCAGCCGCCGUUCCAGGUGCUGUGCCCGUUGAUGGGUCCGGGCGGUGCGCACCACCACCAUCACCACCCGCACGUGGCCUAUCUCAACCACGCGCCGCCCACCGCCAGCCCACCUCACCACCCGCACCAAGUUCAGCAUUAUCCUGGAAUAUUUCCAGGGCAAGUGCUGCUGCCGCCGCAGCACCAGUCGUCGGGCGGCUCCAGCACGCCGGGCGUGCACUCGUCGCACCCCUAACGCCGCUAGCACCCGCCGCGACCGCUGCAUUUAGAAUGGUACCACCACCUCCACCGCCGACACCGACACCGCCACCGCCGCGGGGACUACGUCGUACGUUAUUACGUUUACUGCCGAUCGAACUAUUACAUGUGUGAGCGUGUCGCCGUCUCGCGUCGUUGGGAUGUGAACGCUUCCUCUCGUCCGACGUGACACGAUCGCUCCGUUCUUUUUUGUACUGCAUCCGGUUAUCUUGUACGCGAUUUGUCUCCGAUUGUCCGAUCGGAUCGAUCCCUCGAUGGAUCGUUUAACGUUGCGAGGGCUUCUCUUGCGAGACAACUCACGAUCCGAUAGUCGGAGGUCAACAAUCGUACGUUAAUGUCGAUUUAGUUCUAGCACUAUAAUAUAUAAGGAAUUAUUGUUUAGACAUAAAUUAGCACUAAGUUAAUUUAAUCUGGAUUUGCUCAUUCGUCUAAUACCGAUUACAUUGGAGCAGUGAGCAAAGCCAGCUUAUAUUAUGCUAGAUAUAUUCAUUAAUGAUCUAUGUAUCGUGUUUCGAAAUUCAAUAAUAAUAAAAAUUAUGUCAAAUUACCAAAAAAAAAAAAAAGAAAAACAAUUAACAAGCGGUCAUUGUAGUGUGGAACUUUUUAUAUUUAUAUAUUAUGUGGAAGAUGAAUCUAAAAGUUUACUAUCUGAAUACAUUCUAAAUGCAGACAAAAGACAUGUACGUUAAAUUCAAAUGUAAAUAUUAUAUAAUGAUGGAGCUAAUAUAAUCAACAUAAGAUAUAUUUAUUAAAACAACCAUACAUAGGUUAACAUAAGGUUUUUUUUUUCUCAAAUAUAUAUAAAAAAGUUAUUAAUUAUAUAUGUAUAAUGAAUUUAUAGACAGAUUUAUUAGCUCCGUCUGACUAAAAUAUUGAAACGAAAAGUAAUAACUGGCCUUACCGUAGCUAUACGUGUAACGCAUUUAUUGUAGAUCUUUUUUUAAUAUAUAAUUUCGUCGCUGGCAACACUGAUUAUAUACGGGGUAAUUUAGAUAGCAUUUUAAACAUCGUGUUACAGUGCUGCCAGAUUUUUAAUACCAGUGUUUAAGUAUAGUCGGUUAGCUUAGCACGGCGGGUUGAGCAGUGUGAACAUCGCACAUGAGGUCCUAAUACGUUGUUCGUACUUGACUAACGAACACAUCGUUAGGGAUCAAUUUGUAUUAUAGGUAGUUAAUUUUCUCAAUUGGUUGAUGGGAUUUGUAGAUUUUUCAUGUUUUUUUUAUUUGUAGAUGCAAAACAUAUUCAACGUUAUUUUUAUUUAGAGAAGGCUCGACGGAGCGAUUCCUUUGUCUUAUCAAAUAUUUUUUUUAUAACUAAUUGUAAUGUGACAAAGAAACUAAGAAAAAUUAAACAAUAUUUCCGUAAUAUUCAACGAAAUUUAGUAGUAGUAGCUAAAUAUAUAACAUAUAUAUAAUUAUACAGAGAUAAAAGAAUACAAAUUCCAUCAGCCGUCACGUUUCCUUUGCGCCUUCUCGAAGAGCGUUGUAUUUAUUUAGAAUAUAUUAGUUACUCGAUACCGCGGUAUAACGCGAAUGUCAAUUAGGCAAGACGUGUAUUUCUCGCGUUUAUUAUCUGUGAACUAACGUUACUUUCCUUUUUUUAAUUUAUGUAACUAAGAAUAUGUGUCGCCAGUCAAUAACGCGUAUCGACAAAAAGUAACCAUUGCCCGAUUAUAUUACCUGUGGGAUUAUAGUAAGUUUAUUGUUUCAAGAUUACUUACUAAAUUUGAAAAUGGAACUUAAUUAAUUCUUUUCAAAUUAAAGACGUGAGAGUUUUUUAAACAGUCGACAAAAAAUAAUAAUUUUUUAAUAAUUUUAUUAUAUUUUUUAAUUUCUCGAACGUAUAACUAACCGUAUUUCGUUUAAAUGGCAAAGACUGAACAUUUAUAUCAUUUGAAUUUUAACACUUUCAAUAAAAAACGUUAUAGUAUAAUAGGAGUUGUGAAAUAUCGUGAUUAUAUAUUUAUUUUAAUAUACUUGCAAAUUGUUCCGAAUUAAUAUAAGUAUCAAUUCAAGUCUGAUGAUGAUGAUUAUUAACAUUAUGGCCAGAUAGAGACGGUGGCGGCCCAAGGGCAAAAGCAUGCGCUAGUGGUCUUGGUCAACGAUCGGUAAAACAAUUCAUAAUUACAGGCUCAAUGUUCGUAGCUAAAAAUUAUAAAUAAGCAGCAGAGGAAAAUAAGUUAUCCGUGGCGCUUGGAUUGCUUAAAUCGACGCUGACUAGACAUUAUUUAUGUUAUCAAGUUAACGUUGCGAAUAUAUACUUAUAUAUAUCAAUACGUUUGUACAUAUAGCGGUUACGGUCGUCCUAAUAUAAAAUUUCUAGUGACGUCAUAACCUAUGUUAAAAUCUAUUUAGUGACAUACAUAACAAACACGAUAAACGCCUUUCGUUCGAGCGGCGAAUUCUUUGUUUACAAAACAACCUACAUAUACAAAAAAUGGUUAUAUUUCUUCUUAGUUUAUUAAUAUAUUAUACGACAUGGUGGCGCAUAGUCUAAGUUAGGUGAUAUCUUUCAUUGUUUUAAAGAUUACCGUCAAAGAAAUUCUAUAAUAGCGGUAUAUAUAUUUAUAAAAUAUUUAUUUCUACUGUUACUGCCUUUGAAGAGUUGUGCUACUCGCGUGUUUUAUAUAAAUGCGAUUAGGGCGCAAGUAGAAUUGACAAUAAAAUAUAAUUCGAUAGUUAUAGGGCCCUCGAAUCGAUGUUACGCGAUUUUGAGUCCUAUGUUAGGUGGGAUAAGACUCAAAAUACCUAUAUCGGUGAUCGUGGCAACUACAGUUAAUUUGUACAUAUAGAUCGGAUAUCACAUUCGCUUCUUCCUAUCAGAAUACUUUCUAUUCAUCCAUACUGCACUCAAAUAUAUUACUCCCAAACAUCAAAAUCGUAAACAUUAUUAUUUUCAUAUUUCAUCGUAAUAAGAACGAUGCUGGUUUCUUUUAUUUUGCGCAAUCGAAAAUUCAUUUUAUAGCUAAAUUAAAAUUUCGCAUGGGAUUGAUGGCAUGUAUAUAAUACGAACAUCCUCCUACAACAAGCUCCUCCCGUAGGAACAUAAGCUACUACAUACCCUACGAUAUAAUUAGAAUAUAUGUAAUUCGUACGUAGUCGUUUUGGUUUGUGUCUACGUACCUUAUCCGGUAACUAAAGCACGUCCACCAACAUUACAAAAUGAUUUAAAGCAUUUUCGUAACCCUCGAAUGAUACCUGGGUACCUUAAAGACCGAGGUGUUUUAAUACUGCUGGGUCAGGUUCGUCUGUGAGUGUAUGUUUGUUCAUUUUGUAUUAAGGGGGGCAUAGUCCAUGACCUCCGCGCGGUGCUCCCUGGGUAGCGCCAAACGUGGACUCGCAUUCACAUUACAUCGAAAUACGUCUACGGCACGCGCAAGAAUACGUCGAUAUUAUAAAACGACUGAUAAAAAUAAUUGCUAUCAAACUCGAAGAAGUAUUUGUAAUAUGGUAAGUUAUUAUUAAUAAACGAUAUUUCAAAAAGCCGAGAUGGCCCAGUGGUAAGAACGCGUGAAUCUUAACCGAUGAUCGUGGGUUCAAACCCGGGCAAGCACCACUGAUAUUUUCAUGUGCUUAAAUUGUGAUAAUAAUUCAUCUCAUGCUUGACGGUGAAGGAAAACAUCGUGAGGAAACCUGCAUGUGUCUAAUUUCACUGAAAUUCUGCCACAUGUGUAUUCCACCAACCCGCAUUGGAGCAGCGUGGUGGAAUAAGCUCCUAACCUUCUCCUCACAUGUAUUCCAUUCACAGGCUGUUACUAUUUCAAGGUCUUGGUCAAAUGUGAAGUAUCUUCUACGAGUUUGGUAUCGAAUUAAAUAGAGUUUCAAAAUCAAGGGCUCACGCGGAUAUCUAGGGAUUUUGUGCCCUAAUGCCCUAUAAUUCUAACAAAGGUCAGUGUACAACGAGCGAUAGUAAUUCAACAAUACUCACACUGAAACUAAUCGAUAUUUAGUUUCGCUCGUUGCAAACGGAUCAUUUAAGUUUAUUAGAAAUUCGAUUUUGUAUCAAACGUGUUAAAUAUAAAUUAGAAUGUACCUAUAAUAGACGUAUACAAGUAUAAUGAGAAAAAUCGCGUGACGAUAAAUGUAUAAAUUUCUCCUAAGUCCAUAGAAUCUUAAGGUUAAUGUACAUAUGUAUAUAUAAAUAUUUCGAAAGGAAAAUCAUUCGAGUCCUUUCCCGAAACGAUUUCUGUUCUAUUCGUGUAUGAUUUGUGAUGUAAAAAACGAAAACUACUAAACUAGAAAAAAAAUCACAAAAAAAAAAAAAAUGGAAAGGGCCUACGAGACCCCGUGCCACGGUAUUGACGUGUUGAUAAUGAUGAAACUUCAAUCGAACUAGUGGGAGGGGUCGUACCUAUGUUAUUAAUGUUUUUUUUUUUCACUUUUGUUUUUUUUUUUUUAUUAAAUUUUAUUAUAGCGUGCGUGAUCCACCGCGUAUGUUUGUUGCUAGUGACGUGAGUGAGAGAAAAUUCUAAGUGCGUCUGUUGUUUGUUGUACGCCAUAUAAGUAAAAUAUGAUAUAUUAUAUCGAUAUGAUAUCGUGUCGCAACACUACUUUGCGGAGAGGUCUUGUUUUGCGGUAGAUUUAAAGAGGAUACUAUAGAGGUACUAUCAGAAUUUAAUUGAACGAUGUUUUCUUUAUUGGAAAAUUAAUUAUAUACGAAUCGUGGAGGUGUAUUCACCGGUUCGAUGCACGGUUGUGGAUGUUAUUUUGUAUAACAGACAACUGAUUUUUUGUAACAUUUCGAUGGGUUCACUUUCAUGAAAAGAUUUCAACAUUUUUGUCAGCGAAAAAGCACCAUUCUUAAAUUUCAAAUAUUGUUCCAAUUUUGAAAAUGUUUUUGAUAUAUAUAUAUAUAUAUAUGUAUUUGUGGUAUAUAAAGAAUGUAUUAGUAUCAAGGAACACGAUAUAAUACACUGUGAGCCCGUCAAUACAACGAUGACGUCAGAAUCAUGACGCUUGUAACUUUACCGUAAUUGAACUAUAGACUGACGAAUCCUAAUUUUGACCAACUCGAUACUACAUAAGUUUACUCAUUGUAUAUAUGUUUGUUGUAUAUAUAUUUUGUGUCAUUUUCAUGAUUAAAAAACAAUGUUAAAGUUACAAGUAAACAACGAUUAAGGCGCCACGUGAUUUUUAAACCGUGUAUUAGUAUUACUUUGCAUUAUAUACGAUGUAAUACAUUGAAAAUGUUUGUUUAUAUGUAUAAUAGGACAUUGAAAAAUUCUAUGGUAACUUUUUUUUAAGAAAACGAAAAAAAAAAUACUAAAUUGUUACAUGUUACAUUUAAUGGACGGUUUCUCAGACCUAACCGAACCUCCGUACGUUCAAUAAUAAAUACGUAACGAUUAUUUCAAUGUCACAUUUCUGUUACCUGUUACGACCAUCAUUGACAGAGCCAGACAUUGAUAAUGUCGUAAACAAACGCGACAUCUUGAAUACGAUGUAUGAUUCAAUCUAAAAACAACUUUAAUUUAAUGAAACUAGAGUAUAUUAUAUGUUGCCGAUGAAUAACGUAUGAUCAGCUUCUUUAUUUUUUUUUUGUACCUGAAAUAUGGCACUUUUAAUUGCAUGUGUAAAUAUUCGAACAGUGCAGAUUGUAUGUAUAUGAAGGCCGGCGUGCGAGCCGCGUGUAGAUGUACUAUUGAAUGCCUUAUCGGACGUGUGGAGGUCACCCUGUCGCGUGCCGAGCCGCGCACGCGUUCCGUGCGAGCGGCCGGAUCGUCUUAAGACUGAGGUUAUAAUGGAAGGUUUUAUAUAGAGCUACGCUCGAUGCCUAUGUAUAAGAAUGUAUGAUAUGCUUGGCUUUGAAGAACAAUUUCGUUUUGUUUAAGUGUGAAGCUUGUUCUGCGCCCCCGGGCGACUCUAGAUACGACGUGCCAAGGCACCGUUUUACUACUAUGUUGAAUGACACGUACAGCUGUGUCGACGGAUAUUUUUCAAUAAAAAAGAUAAAAAAUGUGUUUUAAACACAACA